GUAUUGAACCCCUAAAAAACGGCCAUGUGUUUUUAUGAUGAUUACAUUUAACUAUUUAAGGAUUUCAUUGACUGUUCAGUUCGAGCUUAAUUGUAACCAUUGGUUGUAUCCAUCUUAUGCGCAGUGCAAGUCAUACCAAUUCGAGAACCUCGUUCAUAGUUUCCCCUUUAAUCUUCCGCUGUUCGACACUGCUCCAGGUCCUCCGCCAGACAGAGAUCAAAUGAAUCAUGCCGAGUGCCUGAAGACCAGGCAGGCCAAGGCGGCCGCUGCUAAAGCUGCGAUGGAGAAGGCCAAGAAUGCCCCCGCCUCGGCGUCCAACUCCUCGGCUUCUGACGCUGCCCGGCGAACUGCCGAGGGUGAGCAGCAUCUGAUUGCCACUGUGCUGGCUCAGGGUUCCGGGGCCCCUGCUCUCGAAGCCGCCCUUCCCCUGCCGGUCGUCCCCACGAAGACGGCUCCUCAGAAGGGGACGGAGAAAGCCCCGGAGAAGAGACAGAAGAGGGGCCGCGAAGCAGGCUCCACCGGGCCCCUGCUCGAAGACGCCGACUCCUUGCCAUUGAGCCGCCCGGCAGAAGAGCUCUGGAGGGAGAUGGCCCUCAAGGCUGGUCUAGAGCUGCCCAGCCGUUCGUCCUCUGAGGCGACAAGCGCUGCCCUGGCAGCCGCUCUUCAGUCUGGGCUUCUAGUCCUUCAGGCUGAAGCUGCCCGGGAGGCCGACCUGAAGGAGGCCAAGGCCAAAGCUGACGCGGCCAUCGUUGCGGCCCGGGAGGCCGCUCGUCGAGCGGAGGCGGAGGCGGCCGCCAAGGAGAAGGAGAUCGCCGCCCUGCGGGCAGAAUCCCGCCAGCAGCUGGCCAGCCUUGAGAAAGCUGGCUUCAAGCUUGUCCCGGUGCACCCUACUGCAAAGGAUGCCAGUCCGGAGUGGCUGAUCGAUACCUCCGGCUAUCGGAACACCGGGGAGUUUAUGGACUCCGCCAAGGACUACUGCGCCGGGGUCUUCGCCGACCUGUUCGCCGCGGCUCUGGAGGAGAUUCCGCCCCGCCAGCGCCUGGCUCGCGGCGUCCGGAUCCUUGAGGGUUCUCCCUUGUCUCGCAAGUUCCUAUACGAGGUCGGCGACAGCACCUUCGCCGCCGGCUACAAUGAAGGGGUAAAGGCCACCCUACCCACAUUCGCCAAGCUGCUGGGGCCCGAUUUUGAUUUGGCGGCCAACACGGAUGACGAUCUCCUAAUCCAGGCGCUAGGGAAACUGAGGAGGGAUCAGCGCCGGGAGGAGGCCAAGGCCAGGGGGGAGAUUCCAGAGCCGCCGACCCCCGAGCCUGAGGAAGAGGAGGAGGAGCCGAACAAGGGCAGCAGCCGCCCGGGGUCCCCUUUCUUUGUAUA